CACUAAUUUGCGCGCGCGUUUGUUUAAAACUUGAUCAAGUUUGAAACUGAAACGAGAAGAAGUAGAAGAUUGACGAAAAAUGGAGGGAAAGUCGAUGAAAUCGGAAUCACAAUCAGAGAGUGCGAUUCUACUCACCAAAAUCAAAGAAUUCACUCGAGGUUUACUGGUGAAUCUCAGCAACGGAAAUUCACCGAUCAUUCUCAUCGAUCGAUUCAGAAAUCACUGUACCCUUCCAGAUUCCAACUGUUUCUGUAGUUCCAAUUUGCCGUGUGGCAAGGAAGUUCUCACACUUUGCAAGGAAACGCACGUUCAUAGACUAGAUGUCAUGUUGAGAGUUCUGCUGAUUGUUCAGAAGCUUUUGCAAGAGAAUAAACAUAGUUCCAAGAGAGAUAUUUAUUACAUCCAUCCAUCUGUGUUUUUGAACCAAUCAGUUGUGGACCGUGCUAUUAAUGACAUAUGUGUCCUUAUGCAGUGCAGUCGCCAUAACCUCAACGUGGUUUCUGCCGGGAAUGGUUUAGUUAUGGGCUGGAUACGAUUGGUUGAAGGAAAAAAGAUAUUUGACUGCAUCAGUUCUCCCAACACCGCCCACCCUAUUCCUGUUUAUGUUGAAGAAAUUAAAGAUGUCGUAAGUGUUGCUCAUUACAUAUUAGUUGUUGAGAAAGAAUCAGUUCUCCAGAGAUUAGCAAAUGACCAGUUCUGCAAUGCAAACCGUUGCAUUGUCAUCUCUGGAAGAGGCUACCCAGAUAUUCCUACAAGAAGGUUUUUGUGGCUUCUGGUUGAGAAUUUGCACAUACCUGCUUAUUGCUUAGUGGAUUGUGAUCCUUAUGGAUUUGAUAUCUUAACCACUUAUAGGUUUGGCUCAAUGCAAAUGGCUUAUGACACGAAACAUCUUCGUGUCCCAGAGAUAUACUGGCUUGGAGCUUUUCCUUCAGAUUCUGAGAGAUACUUUGUUCCAAAGCAGUGCCUCCUUCCUUUGAAUGCCGAAGAUAAGAGAAAAAUUGAAGCCAUGUUGCUUAGGUGCUACCUGCAAAGAGAGGUCCCACAAUGGAGAUCCUAUUCUUGCUAACCAAAAAAAUGGAAGUUAGAAGCAAGUUAGUUUCUUUACUUUGAGAAAAUCUCUUAUAAAAUGAUCAUGUGUUAUCAAACCCCAAAACUUUAUGUAUAUCAAACAAAGCAUAUAACUCUUCAAAUAAUAUUGUGAACCAAUACAACCACAAAGAUUCCCCUCUUCUCGGUUUUCACGAACUCAUGCAACACUUUUUAUUCAUCAA